AAUGAGUCGAGCUAUCAGCGCUGAUUCCGCAUAUUCAAACGAAAGAAAUCACUUUAGAUCUACAUACCGCCAGCAUCAUGUCCACAACCGUAGGCCGCUCGUCAGCGGCAUUCUCAAAGGCCUCCGGAUCACGCUGCAAGGGUCCGACCACCCAGGUUGAAUUCGGAGAACAGAAAGUCGAUGUCCCUAAAGGCGGUUACUACGACCGUUAUCGAAUGAACCCAAACCUCGACGAGGUCGCCCGCGAUCCAGCUGUCGGACCUGAUAUCGACUUCUUCCGGAACACCCCAAAGAAGCUGGUCGACUCGAGGGUGGGAAGAAUAUACGCACCCAACUUCUAUUAUCGCACUAGCAGCAUCCAGCUCGUCUUUCUUGCGCCCCUAGACCGCUUGCAGUCGAAGCUCCCGUCACCGUUAGAGCCCAUUACAGCAUUGCCCGGUUACGGUUUGGUUGCCUUGACGUUCUACUCGUACCUUGUCUGCGACAAUGACCCUUACAACGAGGUUUCGAUCGCCAUCAUCGUCCGUCAGCCCGGUCAAAAUAGUUACAGUACGACCCAACUCCUCAGCUCCGUAUGGAACCGAACCUUCUACGGACACGUGUUGGCUCUACCCGUCGAUACCGAGAUCGCUCGAGUACGAGGUGUAUACGGAUACCAGUUCCCCAAAUGGCUCGCCAACAUCAAUGUGGAGAUGGACGACCACAACAUCAAGGCUGAGUUGACUGCGACCGAUGGGACACCCGAUUUGACCCUGGACGUACCCCUUCCGGCCUUGAGGACGAUCCCAUCCCAAUCGUCGAUCGGGACCAACAUCGCGAUCAACAAGAUUGACGGGAAAUGGUACGAGGUGGCAGUUCAGACCAACCCACUCCUGGGGGCACAACGUCUUCUCCCUGGGAAUGUCACGCUCUCUCGGAGUGAAGGUCCAUUGAGCAAGCUGCUCAACGAAUUGGGCGUUUCGACCAUCGUACGGAUGGACGUCCUCAAGGAUGCGCAGAUGGUCUUGAACAUGCCCACACCCUUGGAGGCAUUCCAUUAAUAUCAAGUCAGAUGAGAUCGUAGUAUCUAUAGAGUGCAUGUAUCAGAGUUUUCGCCUGACAGGAAUUAUACGGCGACUAUAAUAAGCUCCCUUGGAGGAGAAUGUAUUUAGUACUCCACGUGGGAAUUUUCGCGGACCUAACAGGGAGUAAGGCAUAUGAAUAUAUAGUAUAUAGGGUUCUUCAGAACUCUUUUGAUUGCGCCUUGUAUUGAUAAGUAGAUACAUAUACAAAAGCUUAGGAUCG